ACAAUGGGAAGUUGGAAUCGUCGAAACCAAGUCGGCAAUAAUGACGAUCAGAAUGAAUACAAAGAUCUGCUAGUUUUCGGAUAUGCUUCUACAAUAUUUCCAAAUGAUUAUCAGUCGGAGCACAUUGCAGAGGAACGACACACAGUGCCAUGUCUCGGAGAUCCAGAAAAUCGCGUGGAUAGGUAUGGUUUUUUUCAUUAUUGAUGAAUCUCUAACCAUUAAAAAUCGGCACAACGAAAGAGAAGUCGUUUGGCUUUUUUGCUGAAAGAGUAACUGAUUCACUGGAAUAUAUGGAUUUUAUAAGUGGUGAGUUUACUUUCCUAAUCAAUUUUAUAUUAGGUGUAUUGAUUUUUCUGCUAAAAAACUUACAGAAUCAAGGUUUUGACAGAAAGCUUUCAUGCCGGUCUUCGAUGAUUCCGAUAUUUCCUCACAAUUUACCAUAUAAUGUUCAAUUAGUUUUAAAUUUUUCUUCAAUCCAAUUAAUUGAAACAGUUCACCAAUCGUUUGCUGAUGACACAAUUUUUAGAAAGCUCAAGUAUUAAAACAAAUAUAAACCACAAAAGUUGCUUCGUUUGUACGGGUCUAUAUAAUUUAAAAAUUAUUAAUUGAUUUAAUUAAUUUUGAAUAUUCAGGUCGAUCGAUUGGCUGGCACACCGAACAUGUCAAAUAACCGUAUGACUGUCGACUUCUGUUGCCAUCAAUCGACGUGGCAAUCAAAAGAAAUGGUUCGCCGUCUGAACAAUGUCCUACAGAAGCAAUGGAAGAGGAUAUGUGUGAAGAGGAAAGAUAUCUUGAUAUGUAUAAAGAUAUUCAAAGAGAGCAAGAAAAAGAAGAAGAGGAGAAGCGAAGGAAUGACCAACGAAAUGCCAUUGGAUUCGAUUACGGAACAGGAAAAGUAAAAGCUCGAGAGAGUGAUAGUGAGGAUGAACCAUUUGAGCCGCCAGAAGGAAUAAAAUUCCCCGUUGGUCUCGAGUUGCCUUCGAAUAUGAAACUUCAUCAUAUUAUCGAGAAGACAGCCUCAUUUAUAGUGGCAAAUGGUACACAAAUGGAGAUUGUUAUCAAGGCGAAGCAAAGGAAUAAUGCUGAACAAUUCGGAUUCUUGGAAUUCGAUCAUCGAUUGAAUCCAUUUUAUAAGUAUCUUCAAAAGCUUAUUCGUGAAAAGAAAUACAUCCCAGAUCUCAAUAAAAGGCCAAAAAAGCUAACGAAAACGUCAAGAGCUUCUACUUCAAAACCUGCAAUUUCUAGCUCCCUUGCUGCAAUUGCAGCUGCUCAUGGAUCAGAUUCAGAAGAUUCAGAUUCAGACUACGAGCUUCACCCAUCUCUGUUGUCCGGCGGCGCGAAACGUCCUGUUACUCCAGAGAAGCCAGGAGCUAUUGGUCCACGGAAGAAGCCUGUUGAGCCGGAGAAACCACCAGAUUUCACCCUCAAGCCAGUCGGUGAUAUUUCGCAGAGAAAUGAUGUUUAUGCGGCGCUUUUCAAGAAUCUGGCGCACGUAACGAGGCAAGCUGCAGGUGUAGAAGAAGUUAAGAUGAAUGUUGAAGAAGCUAAGAAAGAGAAAGAAAAUGAUCAUCUCGACGAUCCAGAAUACCGGGAGUGGUACGAAAACUUCUAUGGACGUCCGUGCCCAUGGAUUGGGCCUCGUCCCAUGAUUCCAGCAACUCCAGAUCUUGAGCCCAUCCUUAAUAGCUAUGCGGAACACGUGGCUCAACGUGGAUUAGAGGCAGAGGCGUCUCUUGCAGCCCGAGAAGAUCUUCAAUUGCAUUUUAUGGAACCUAAAAGUCCUUAUUAUUCAUAUUAUCAUCACAAAGUUCGUAUGCAUCAAUGGAGAAUGUACCAACCCAUUGAACAAAAUCUAUCACCACUUGUUCUCAACUCACCAGCUCCACCAUCGGCUGUCAGUUCACCAGGACCUUCCAGUCUUAUGAGCCUGAAUCUAUCGACCCCGGAGCCGCCACUCAAUCGAAGGCAGAGACGGCGUCUCCUAGAUUCCAGCCGUCUUGACGAGUCUAUCACUGAACCAGGAGUCAUAGAUCCAAUCACAAUGUUACAGAUUCCAAAAAGUGUAUCGACUCCUGCAAAUCUAGAUAUUCUGAAGACACCUAUAUCAUUUUCCCUUAGAAACGACGAGCCACGGGAUGAAUCAAGUUUCCGAUUUGAUCCGGAUCUGGAUGAAACUGCAGGACCUUCAGACACAACUGCAAACUUCAGUGAUAUUAGUGGCCUAUUCCCUCCACCAACACCUCCUGUAAUCCCACCAUCCACUCAAAUGCAAGUCGAUCGGAAGGAAAAAGCGAGAAUUUUCAUGGAGAAGUUGCUUCAAGAGAAGAAAGCAAAGAAAUUACAAGAAGAAGAAGAACGAUCAAAAUUAGAGGAAGAGACACGGAAGAAGGCUGAAAAGAUAUCAGAAUCAUUGUCAGAACGGAAAAAUACUGGUAGAUCGGAUCGGAGAGAAGAAGCACCCAAAGGGGCGAGAUCUCUCGAUGAAAUAAUUAAUAAUAGGAUCAACAGUUUGCUAUCCGAAUCUGGUUUUGAACCCGUUGAGGAGAUGAAGAGAACAGACGAGGAUAGGGAGAGAAAAAGACAUCGAAAACGAAGCCGUUCACGACGACGAUCUCGCUCCUGUAGCCCCAGAGACCGAUCACGAGAGCACAAAAAAUCCCGAAAAUCCGGUAGACAUCAUCGAUCUCGCUCUCGUUCCUCAUCCAGAGAUCGUCAUCGUCGAAAUCGCAGUAGAAGUCGGGAUAGACGGCGGUGAUUUCUUGUGGAAUAAUUAAUUUUUUAAAGCAAUUUUCUCAUAAUUUAUAUAUCAUUUAUUUUUGUUUGUCGAAUAAAUUAACAA